GGCACACAGCCAGAAGUUAUUAUGCGCCCGUUUCCUCUGGCACAGCGGCUGGGACUGCUGGAUACCCGAGGCCCCGGGGAGGCCAUGAGGAAGCCAGACAGGAGCCCCGGCCGGAUCAAGCCGUGGAGGAAGCUGAAGAACAUGGUCCAUUGGUCUCCGUGCGUCGUGUCCUUCAGAAAACGCUACCCAUGGGUGCAGCUUGCUGGCCAUGCAGGCAGCUUCAGGGCCGGGGAUUUUGGGCGCAUCCUGAAGAAGUACUGCUCCAGUGAGCAGCAGUGCCUAGAGCAGCUGGCGUCUGACGUCCUGCAACCCCACGUCCCAGCGUACUACGGCCUGGUGGAGCGCGACGGGGAGACCUACAUCCAGAUGGAGGACCUUCUGUCCGGCUUCGACGCCCCUUCCAUCAUGGACUGCAAAAUGGGGGUCAGGACAUACCUGGAAGAGGAAUUGGAGAAGGCCCGGGAGCAGCCCUGUCCACGCAGGGACAUGUACGACAAGAUGGUGGCCGUGGACCCGACAGCCCCCUCCCCGGAGGAGCACGCCCAGCUGGCCGUCCUGAAGCCGCGCUACAUGCAGUGGAGAGAGACCCUCAGCUCCACCACCACCCUCGGGUUCCGGAUUGAAGGCAUCAAGAAAGCCGACGGCGCCUGCAGCACCAGCUUCAAGAAGACGCGGCAGCCGGAGCAAGUGGUGCAGGCCAUCUGGGACUUUGUGGACCGCGACCGGCACAUUCUGACGAGCUAUCUGGAACGGCUGAAGGAUGUGAGGCUGGCUCUGGAACAGUCGGAGUUCUUCAAGGCACACGAGGUGGUGGGCAGCUCCCUGCUCUUUGUCCAUGACCACACUGGGCUGGCUCGCGUCUGGAUGAUUGACUUCGGCAAGACGGUGCCCCUGCCUGCCAAACAGACGUUGACCCACCGGCUGCCCUGGGUGGAAGGGAACCGCGAGGACGGCUACCUGUGGGGACUGGACAAUCUUAUCGCUAUCCUGGAGAAGAUGCUGGAUGAAUGAAGCAACCACUUGGCCAGACUCUCCUUGGGCAGCUGGAGACCAGGAUGGC